CUGGUUGUUUUCCCAAUGUCUCAGGUAUCGGUGGCAAUUUGGUGGCCAUUCAGGCUAGCAGGAUCUCUACCUACCUCCAUUUGCAUAGCAUCCCUGGAGAACUGCCGGAUGAACCCAAAGGUUGUUCCUACCCGUUUAGGACAUUCUUUGGUUCAGGAGUGAACAAUAAGUCUGCCCAGGUUCUCUUGCUCCUAGUGGUUCCGGGCCACCUGAUCUUCCUCUACACAAUUCACCUGAUGAAGAGCGGCCACACCUCUCUGACUGUUGUCUUCGUUGUUGUGUAUCUGCUUGCUGCUGUGCUACAGGUGUUCACCUUGCUGUGGAUUGCUGACUGGAUGGUCCACCGCUUCUGGAGGAAAGGGAAGGACCCAGACAGUUUCUCCAUCCCCUACCUGACGGCGCUGGGUGACUUGCUUGGGACAGCUCUCCUGGCCUUAAGUUUCCAUUUCCUCUGGCUUAUUGGAGACCGUGAUGGAGAUGUUGGGGACUAAUGGAUCCUAGAAGCUGUUGUGGGGUCACCCAGGAGGAGAACACAAGGCAGCCACUGCUGCCCUUCCCCAAAGCUCUUUAUCUGGCUUGUGGCUUGUGCCAGGGUAGUCUGCGGUUCACCCUGACUCCAUAAAUGGCCUUAAUAUAUUUUUAAGGAAUAUGUGUUGAAAUCACAAUGAAUGGUAUAUGUGCUGCUUUUUGUAGAAUAAAUAAUUUGACACAGACAUAGAUACAAGCUCUAAAUUUUAGAUACACUCUAAAAUUAAUUAGGAAAGAAUCUAGGAUGUUUACAAUGAUAAUUUUGAAACCACAGACCUAGCAGAAAUAUGCUUUAUUAUUAGGUUAUAAUGCAAGGUUAGAGGCAAGGGAGCUUUAGCCUUCUUUGUCUUGCCAUUGUGUCACACUACAAAGAAUGCUGUGACAUGAAAGGUACCAGCCAGGCUUCCCUGGGUAUUAAUUAUGCCCUCUUCCAUGGGCGCUAAGGUUGCCAACCACUUAUUCCUAGACUGACUUGGUUCACUCUGCUGAGCAUGAUGACACGCUCACUGACUUACUCUUGUCUAAAACUUCUCUGUGCCAGUGUCCGUUUAAUUUCAGUUCUCAACAGGUAACCCUUUAAGUAGUUUUUUUCAUCUUCAGAGAAGGGUUUACCAUGUUGUCCCAGCAGACCUUCAGCUCGUACCCCCUUCUUUGGUUCCUUCCUCCUGAAUCUAAAAGCACUGGACCAUUUUGCUCAUUUGUGUUGAAAAAUGUAGAUCUGAUUUAGAGAAUAGUCAUCAUCAAAGCAGAAGAUCAGUUGUGAGCUGCAUUUGUGAGCACAAAAUGUUGUGUGUGUGUGUGUGUGUGUGUGUGUGUGUGUUCAUGUGUAAAUAUGUGUGUGCACAUGGGAGUAUGUGUGUGUGUGAAGAGAGACAGAGACCAGAGAAAAAGACACAGAGAGACAGAUAGUCACAGACAUAGUGUUUUCUUCGUCUAAAAUAAGCACCAUUUAAUAUAACGCCUGGGAUUUGGGAAGAGCAGGUGACCCUGUUGCUCUGUAUGGCAGCCUACCUGUCAGUUUCCCUCCAAAGGAGAAGUUGUGGCUUACCUCAGUUAGCAUCUCAUCAUGGGCUUCAUCUACAGGGACCAUCCAGUAUGCUUAGCUGUAUUUCUCAAAUAUUUUUCUGAAACUCUGCCAGUAUCCUACGCACAGACUAGCACCUGCCUGUUCACUAGGAAGCACUUUUUAGAUUACUUAGCCCUUAGGAAAACUUGAGUGCAAUCUUUGAAGACAAUUAAAUAUUUAAUAAUUUAACCUGCUGAGGGAAUAAAAUGCACAUGGCAUUGAUUGUCAGCGUGUUUGUGUUGUGUAAUUAGCAGAUGGUUUGUAAAUGUACUGAGGAAGUAUUCUUAUUAAAGUCUUUACGGAGGCUGUGGUUUAGAGUUAUAUAUUUUUGCUUAUUUUUAACCUUCAUUCAGUUCUCCUGCCUUAUAAUCAAGCUUUGAAGGCAUAGUGUGAACUAAUUGUGGGAUCUCUCCUUUAAAGAGAUACAAUGUCACAGAGCGACCAUUCUGACAAAAUAAGCAUAAAGUUUACGUUGGUGAAUAUUUAGUCGCAAAGAUUAUUUUAUGUUUUAAAAAAUUAAUAAUACCUUUCAUUUUAUUAUAAAGUAUUUGUGAAUUUGGGUUUUGCAUUUGGGCUGUAUGUUCUUUUGUUUUGAGACAGUUUUGCUUUAUAUCCCAGGCUAGGCUUAAACUUGAGAUCUACCUGCCUUAGCCACUGGGUUUCAUUUUCUUUAACUCACAGAAAAAUGCAGAGUAAGCCCAGUGUUAGCGCUGGCCAGUGUUAGUGUCAGGCUGCUGUGCUACACAUUGCAACGCACACUGACAGCAUUGUUUUGCCGUGGAGACUCCUGCUGUAUUUUAUAGCUGGGAACAUGGGGAUGAGAGGAGUGACAUUUUUAAGAUUGCAUGGCUGCAAAGUGGCCAGACUGUUCUAGACCAGUGUAAUUUGUUACAUACAUCUGUGCCCCCCCCCCCACCGCACAAAGAAUACCCACCUAGUUAGUUACCUGAGAGGAAGUCCAGUCCAGUGUUACUAGACUUCCAGAUUGCUAUCGGCGACACCUCCACCUAAGGUAUCUUGGUGGUCAGCACAACCAACUCUGAGCUGUUCCUCUUCCUUAGGUCAGAGAGACUGUAAAUGAAAUAAUGACUAUUUUACCUUAUAAAAUAUUUUCCAUUUUAUAAUGAAGACUUUAGACUAAAUAACAAUGCCUCAUUUCUUUUCUUGUUGAUGUUGUUUUUGUUUCCCGAGACAGGGUUUCUCUUUGUAGCAAUGGCUGUCCUGAAAUUCAUUUUGUAUCCCAGACUGUCCUUAAACUCACAGAGAUCCUCCUGCCUCUGCUGCCCCUGCCCCUACUGUCCCCAGUGCUGGGAUUAAAGGCAUGUGCCACCACUGCCUGGUGACACCUCAUUUCCUACAGCCUCUAGGCACUGACGGUCCUCCUAGACCCACUGUGCCACAGGAAGGUAUUAGCAAUUGAUGCUCAGCCUUUGUCAGAACAGCAAAAUAUUCAGACAAAUGUAAUGGGCAAAAGUAGCCUUGGCCUAAGUGCAUUGUAAAGGGAUAUGCAUCUCUUUAAGAACAACUGCAGAUCUUUGAAAGUCUUCUUGUAAGUAUGUAAGUUUUAUUUACCCAUAAAUUUUACUAUCGGUCUUAGGUAAACGAACAGUAUUUUUAUACCACUCAAACCCCUACUUUCCAAACACACUUUUCCCUCUAAUUUACCAGGCACAUUAUACACACAGCUAAAUAAAUCAUAUUUUUUUAUUCUCGACCAUCCACCUUCUUUUGAAAUUUCCAAAGUUUCUUAGAAGCUACUAAAAUAAGAAACACAUGGUGGCAUAUCUUGUGGAGACAUCAGAAAACCUCACACCAUAAACUGUCCAGGAUGUAGCCAAAUGAGUCUUUUAAAAGUCUCCCAGUGCUGGGGCGGACCUUCUGUCCCUAUGUUGAAGGUAUAGUUUACCCACUGACAGUGGGCUCUGGCACCUUGGAAUUGUGUAAACCCAAGUCAAAAUAAAUAAUAUGUGAGAAGCGUU